AUGUCCGUCUUUGGAAUGGUUGCAAAUGGAGUUGGUGGAAUCGUGGUCUAUGUGGUCGUGAUUGUCUUAUCCGUGACCUUGUCUGGCACGGCAGCACAGUCUUCCGGUCUACUCGUCUCUACGAUAGUCGGUUUCAUCACUGUGGCUGGUGCGGCUGUCGCAUAUUACGGACUGCCUGCCAUUCCAUCGAGGCCUGCAUCGCAAUUGGAAGGCUGGAGCCGGCCACUAAUCGAAUUCUUCAUGCCGUUCAAAGACCUACUCACUCGCAAAAACAUGGCAGCCAUCCUCGUCUCGUAUACGAUCUACACGGACUCGACGUUCGCCGUCAGCUCCGUCAUUAGCCAGCUAUUCAUAGCUGAGGUUCGACCGAGCACAUUGGAGUUCUCACUCUAUUCCCUCGCUCAAAGCCUAUUCCUCAUGGGCUGUACCCUGGCUUUCCUCUGGAUACGCCCAUACUUUCGGAUGGGACUCGAGAUGUGGCUGCUUAUUGGAUACGCCCUGAUCCUUGUUAUUCCUGUGUGGGCAUGCAUAGGUUUUUCGAGUGCGAACUUCGGAUUCAAGAAUCGGUGGGAGUUCUACGUGCAACUGUUCAUCUUCCAGACGUCAGGCUCGCUUGUCAACGCUUCCUUUCGUGUGUUGUUCUCGGAGAUGAUACCGGUCGGUAGCGAGAUUCGGUGGUUCGGGAUGCAGCUGGUCCUGUCGUGCGCUACAGUCUGGGUGAACUAUGUUGCAAGCGGACCCCUGCAGAAUGUGACACACCAGCUCCGGUUCCCUCUCGUCAUCAGCCUCAUUUUCCUGGUCUUCGCACUGAGCGUCGAAAGCUGUCGAGUCACGCUUCCAACAUUCCAAGCCGAUUUGCGGAAAUGGCACGAUCUUGAUCACGGUACUGCUACCAGUGGUCGUAGGGAUGAAGAGAUCGACAAGAUUCCCGGGCGGCAUGACCAUGCUAUGACCGAGAAGUCCUUACAACAGCUGUAA